AGCAUUUGCAACCUGGUCUCCGAGCAAAUCGCCCGGAAAAUAAAUCGAAACAAAUAAGAGAAAAUAGUAAAAUAAUAAGGCUAAUAGGCACGCGCGCCCCCAUCUGUGUGCUCCCGCGUUGUGUUCCCCCGCCCCGCCACCUCUCCAGACCAGCCGGUGGAAGUUCGCCAGUAGGAUUGGGUCAUUGUUGCCAUCGCACUGCUGAUGAAUAAGUGAUGUGUGCUGGUGUGCGAUACACCCACCUUGAGGGAGCACAACAACAACGAAGACAACAAUAAAUCAAGCAAGAAAACAAACACGGGGCUGCCGUCGCAUUCCGGGGACACGGUUACGCAGCCCAAGAGCAGGGUCACCACUCCAGUGGCUCGCCCUUGCCAUAGGAAACCCAAGAGCCACAGCCAGCAGAGAACCCGCAAGAAACACCCAUCACACACCAUACGAACACCACUUUGCUGGCCGUUCGCGCCAACUAUAAAUAGAAAAGGCAACAGCGCAGCAGGGCACGGCAAACAACUGUCCAUAUCCAUAUCUACAUAUAGUUAUCGGCUCGACGCAGAAGAAGAAACCCUCGAGUACUACACUCUUCGUGCCGAGAUUGCGGAAGCAACUAGGAGUGGAGGCGGAGGAGGAGAAGGCGGACUUAAGACCAUAUCAGUAGGCCAACCCCCGGAAAAUGGCCACGGUGGGCUCGGGGGACAAUGUGCCCAAUGGAGAGGCCCCUGCGGCUACCAGGACACUAAAGGACAUCGUUAAGGAACGGUUCAAGGAGGACGAAACCAUAGAAUUUAUAUUCGAAGCUUAUCAGAUCAAGGGUCCGGAGUAUACCAACCGCCUGUUGGCGCUGGUUUCCUCCCAAUCGGGCGGCACCUUCGCCAUCAUCGCCUUUUCCUACCUGCGCACUCCACUGACCUCCGUCAACGAGCUGAUCAUCAACAAGGUGUUCGCCAUAGACCACAAUUUCCAGUUGCGACAAGAUAGCAAGACCUCGAUCACCACACAGCAGUUUGACCUGUCCACAACCGAAGAUGGUCCCAUCAAGUACUACUACUACGCGACGGAGGGCGAGCACUACGAGGAGUUCGUGGCCAAGGUUAUCUCCUGCAAGAGCACCAUGGCCCAGCACGACCCCGAGACGGUGCUCAACUUCAAGUGGCUAAACGACUACCGGCAAAUCGGGGAGGUGAAGCACGAGCUAAAGAAGCGGGAGAGCGAGUACAUUGUCUACAAGGACAUCAUCAUCUACUGCGCCACUUGGAACGUGAACAACAAGACCUGCAGCGACAGCGGCAAUCCACUACGACCCUGGCUGGCCUGCAGUGACCGGCCGCCCGAUAUCUAUGCCAUUGGACUGCAGGAGCUGGACACUCCCACAAAGGCCAUGCUCAACUCCACCCAGGUGCAGGCCCUCGAGAAGCACUGGAUCGACAAGAUGAUGGACAGCGUCCACCCGGACGUGGAGUACGAGAUACUGAUGUCGCACCGCCUGGUGGCCACCAUGCUGACAGUCAUCGUCCGCAAGCAGCUGCGUCAGCACAUCAUCCGCUGCCGGCCCAAGUCCGUGGCUCGGGGCAUCUUUAACACGCUGGGCAACAAGGGCGGCGUGGCCAUCAGCCUGCAGCUCAACGAGGGGAAUAUCUGCUUCGUCAACUCCCACCUGGCCGCCCACAUGGGCUACGUGGAGGAGCGGAAUCAGGACUACAACGCCAUCGUGGACGGCAUACGCUUUGAAGACGGGCGUACGAUAAACGAUCACGAUCACAUCUUCUGGCUGGGCGACCUGAACUACCGCAUCCAGGAGCCGCCCGGCCAGCAGCGACCAGGACCGCUGAGCGACGCCCAGACCUACGAGCUGCUCCUGCAGUACGACCAGCUGCGCCAGGAGAUGAGGCGCGGCAAGUGCUUCGAGGGCUACACCGAGGGCGAGAUCAAGUUCCGGCCGACGUACAAGUACGAUCCGGGCACGGACAACUACGACAGCAGCGAGAAGCAGCGGGCGCCGGCCUACUGCGACCGGGUGCUCUGGAAGGGGAAGCGCAUCGAGCAGCUGGCCUACAACAGCAUCAUGGCGAUACGCCAGAGCGACCACAAGCCGGUCUACGCGGUGUUUCGCGUGAAGAUCAAGACGCGCGACGAGGUCAAGUACAAGCGGGUGCAGGAGGAGGUGCUGAAGGCGGUAGACAAGCGGGAGAACGACAAUCAGCCGCAGAUCAAUGUAGAGAAGACUGUGAUCGAUUUCGGAACCGUGCGCUUCAACGAGCCGACCACGCGGGACUUCAACGUCUACAACAACUGCCCGCUGCCCGUUGACUUCAGUUUCAAGGAGAAGGAUAUCAACGCCAUCUGCGAGCCCUGGCUGCAUGUCGAUCCGCGCCAGGACUCGCUGCUGAUCGACUCCGCCCGCAGCAUCCGGUUGAAGAUGCACGCCAGUGUGCGCACCAUUGCCGGCCUGCUGCGCAAGAUCCGCGCCAGCGACAAUUUCGAUAUACUCAUCCUGCAUGUGGAAAACGGAAGGGACAUCUUCAUCACGGUGACCGGCGACUAUCAGCCCAGCUGCUUUGGCCUCUCCAUGGAGACGAUGUGCCGGACCGAUCGGCCCCUGAGCGAUUACUCCCAGGAUCAGAUCAAGCAGCUGAUGAAUGACGAAUCGCCGGAGUACCGCGUGACCAUGCCGCGGGAAUUCUUCCUGCUGAUCGACUACCUGUACAGGCAGGGCGACAAGCAGGUGGGCGCCUUCCCGUCCUACGACUCGCGCCAGUCUCUCGGCGCCCAGUUCAACGCGGUGCGCGACUGGCUGGACACCUGGUCGAAUGAGCCGUUCCCUGGCAGUGCCGAGACUGCUGCGCAGGCGCUGUUGCUUCUGCUGGAUCUUCCGGAGCAGGCCCUCCUGGAGCCGGUUGUGGAGAACCUGCUGGAGUGCACCACCAAGUCGCAGGCCAUGGACUACAUCUCGCUGCUGAGUCCCCCGAAACGGAAUGUCUUCAUGCACCUGUGCAUGUUCCUGCGCGCGGGCAUCGAGAGUCAGCACUACGAGCUGCAGCAUGUCGCCUCCACCUUUGGCCGCAUCCUGCUGCGCAGAACCGAGCGCUCCGCCUGGAUGGACUACCACAGUCGCUGCAUUCAUUUCAUGCAACUCUUCAUCGACGCGGACGAUGAGACCAGAGACAACGGCAACGAGGACUCCGGCACAAGAACAGGAUCCGGAUCGGGGGCCAGGGCCGGACUGCAGGCAUAGUCGUCGACGUCCGAGCGAUAGAUGUAAUCUGUUGAUAGUUAACUACCGUACGCAUAGUGUUAUGGCUAUUUAUUUUACUUGUUGGUACUUUGUUGGCACUUAGCAUUUAUAUUUCCCUGUUUUAUCUGUUAAUUUUUUGUGCCCACCUUCCGUUCAUUCCAACUCAAUUGCCCCCGCCUCACAUGCCGGGAUCCCUGGUCCGGGUUCAACUGCUUACAACGCAUCAUACAUCACACAAGCAGAAUGAUACAACUGACGACUUAUGCUGAUAUCUCUUGAGAUCCGCAUACGGACGAUUGUGCAGAGGCUCGUGGAGCAGGAGGCCAACGUAAAAAAAUCCAUUGUGUAAAUAAGUUAAACGAAAUGUGCUGCACACCCGUUAAAUCAAUGUUUAGUUGAGCACGAUUGCUUGUUAGUUUAGGUUAAUGUGAAAUUCCUCUGGGAAUCUCGUGACCCCGUAUAUGCCGGUUUCAGUUGCAACUGAAAAUAAACAACUCCGUUACAUACAGUA